AUGAACAAAACAAUUACGUCACCUUCGCAAGAUCAAUAUGAAGAAUUACAGGAACGAUAUCCAGACACAUUACAAUGUUUUUGCACUGAAAUAUCGAUUCCCUACGGAGAAUUGAUUGAAAUCACACCUAUUUAUCAUCAAGUGUGCACAAGUGACUUUGUUCAGUCAUGGUGGUAUCAAAAUCUUAUUGUUAAAGAUGACGGUGAGGCUUCGUUACAAAUAAUACCGUUUAGUUUGUAUUAUCCUUUGAUUCCUAAUGGAACAUGUUCCUGUGCUCGAAACCCUGGAUGCACUACGGUAGCGGUUAGUGGUGAUCUUGAAUCAAUUAAUGGUUCUGGAUUAAUUGAACUUGAAGGAGUGCAUAUGGGCUGUUUUAUGACCGAUGCUGUGUCUCAAUCGUCACUUGUUUGCUGGUAUAAUGAUAGCUGCAUGGAACAAUUACAAACGGAAUUUGUCAGCGCUGGUGUCACCAUUUUCAAUAAUGCCACUAAACUCAAUUCUUCAUUGAGUAGCAAUUUUCCACCUGAUACUCUAGUGCAAACUAUAAUCGAAAAUGUUAUGGCUGAUCAAUGGCAAUCCUCAGCGUCUUAUGCGAACUUUUAUCAGAAGUGUCGUCCUGCUCUUUGCUCAUAUACUUAUGAAGAAAGGAGUAGUGCAAUAUUUAUUAUUACUAAAAUUAUUGGUCUCUUUGGCGGCCUCAAUAUUGCUCUUCGAUUGAUCAGUCGGUUUGCUGCUAAGAUCUUUUUCAAGUUUAUUCACAAGCGUACUACACAGGAACCACCUUUGGCAUUUAUUGGUCAAGAAGCGAUCGAACGUAAGUAA